AAAUUACUAGUGAGGCGAAAACUGUAUAUAUAUCGAACCAAAACAAAAUUCAAAGUUCAAAAUUUUCAUUUUCGCGGCACAGAUAGUUGCCAGUUGCCAUGAAAGAGGAUUCGCUUCAACACCAUUUAGGAUCUGCUCGUCACCUUGUGAAAGGAAUGGAAUCGGUAGUGGCGACGGUCAGCGGUUAUCAGGGUUCCGAGAGAUUUAAUAUAAUCAAACUGAUUGAUCGCACUGGAGCUAGUUACGUUGGAAAUAUGAGCCAGUCAGUUACACAUUUGGUGUGCUGGAAAUUUGAAGGCAGAAAAUAUGAGCUUGCCAAGAAGUUUAGGAUACCGGUUGUUAAUCAUUGCUGGAUUGAGGAAUGCGUAAAGCAAGGAAGGCGUGUUUUGGAGGAGCCAUAUACCUAUAGAAGUGGAGAAGAAAUGGGACAUUUGGUUCUGGAUAUCGACCUGGCAAAAGCUCAAUCAAAAGACUUGAAGAAUGCUAAAAGAUCUUUUGUUGAAACUGAAAGUGAAGACAUAAAUGAUGCCGGUUGGAAGAAUUCAAUCCUUUUAGAUGAGGAUCUAUUUCCUAAGAAGAGGCGGAAUGAUCAUGGUUCCAGUAGAUCAAUAGGGAAAGCAAUCAAAAGAAAUUCAAGGAAGGAUUGUCCUAGUAGCAGUAGACGUGGCCUUAAAAAACUAUCAACAACCAAGAAUAUAGAGCUUGGAGAAGCAAGCACGUCGCAUCGUGCAUAUUCUUGUAGACUGGAAAAGAGGAACUCUACUUCUCCGGAAUCUCGGUCCAAGGGCCGUAGGCUGGUGAAAAAGUGUACGAGUUUGAAGGAUUGGUUAAUAAUUUCAGAUGUGGAGGAAGAAUGUGAGGAAGUUAAAGUGUUACCAGAGAUUAAAAGCCGUGGAGAUUUGGUUGAGAGGCACCGAUCUACUAAAAGGCAUACAUCUGAUAUGAGGAGUACUUUAAAUGGUUUAGAAAGUAUUGAUGAUCAUGAUACUGUUCAAGAGAUUGAGCAUUUAGAUGGUGAUGACAUUGAGGAACCUGGAUAUGUAAAUCAUGAAAACCAGAAUUCACAUGCUCGUGUUACACCAUCAUCCUUUGAAACUCCAGAAAAGCUUCAUGAAGCUGCUAACCCGGGUUCAACUGAAGAAGAGAGCUUACUGCCCGCAUCAAGUGAAUUGUCAUGUGUUAUAUGCUGGACGGAUUUCAGUUCCACUCGUGGAGUACUUCCAUGUGGUCACCGAUUUUGCUUCUCAUGCAUCCAGAACUGGGCUGAUCAUAAGAAUUCAAGUGGAAAGCCUUCAACAUGUCCUCUGUGCAAAGCUAGUUUCAUAUGCAUCACUAAAUUGGAAGAUGCUGUUUCUUCAGAUCAGAAAAUAUAUUCUCAGUCUAUGCCAAGAGACAGUUCGAAAACGAAUCUGUAUGUUCUUCCUGACGAAAUAUAUAGUCAUCCAGCCAAUGUAUCAGUAUCAGCAUCAGCAACAGUUUGUUACCAAUGCUCGAGUAGAGAACCUGCGGAUCUUCUCGUUAGUUGUAAUUCCUGCCAGAAUCGAUGUGUUCAUUCAUUCUGCCUUGAUCCGCUAUUGCUUCCCUGGACAUGCGUGCAUUGCCAGGAACUCCACACGCUUUACCUUCGCAACCGUUAGCUCUCACCUACAUGUAUUGCAUCUUUUCAAUAAUAGUGGAAAUGUAUUUUUCCAUCCUAGACUAUCUUGGUAUUUUCCCUCGAAUUCAUCUGCUUUUAUACUCUAUGACAUGGAUUUGUUCAUAAUAAAGCAAACCAUGCAUAAUUGGUUUGUAGAAAUUAUUAUUAUUAUUAUUUGGAUGAGUUCACCA